AUGGGCCGAAAAUCCGGGCCGAAAAUUCCGUGGGCCGAAAUUCUGGUCUCCCGAGAUGCAUGGAUUCUUACUGCCGGCAUCAAUAAUGGUGUAUCAAAAUUGGUCGGCGAAGGUAUUUCACAUUAUCGUCUCUUGCAAGAAUAUCCGAAUAAAGUGAAAUGUAUUGGAAUGACUAUGUGGGGUACAAUAAAUGAAAAUACACGUCUUGAACUUAAAAGUGCAUCGAAUGGAUUUCCAAAACCACUAUGUGAACGACAUAUUCCAGACAAUGUCCAAGAAUAUAAAGAAACAAUCGAACGGAAUCACACACACUGCAUUUUAUUCGAUAGUGGUAGACUGAAUGGAUAUCUCAAUGAUUCGCCGCGUCACCAAUUUGUUAUUGAAGCAUGUAAACAUAAAGAUAAUGAUCAUUCAUGUUAUGCCGUAACAAUUAUCGUCGAAGGAGGUUUAGGCACUCUUGAAGUUGUUGAAAAUGAUAUUGAAGAAAAACGACCAAUUGUUCUGAUUCAAGGUAGUGGCCGUUUAGCUGAUGUACUCGCUAUGCUAGUCGAACAGACGUCAAAUUAUGAUCGAAACCAACAUCGGACUCCAUCCGAUCAAGAAAUUGAACAAGCUCUUGGUCUAUUUUUCCAUAGUGCUUCUUAUUCAGAUGCUUCUACAGUAAAAGGACAAAUUAAAAAAAUCCUACAAAAAGAACAUCGUUAUCUAUUACAUAUUUUCUCUAUGAAUCGUGAUAAAAAUGUAGCUGAAACAAUUUUCAAAGCUAUAUUUACUGUUACAAAAGAGAGAAAAAAGAGUGAAUUACCAGGGCAAGAAGAACAAUUUCGAAAAGAUGAAGAUAAAUUAGUAGAUUUGGCACUUGAAUGGAAUUAUUUUGAUGGUAUUUUACCAAUAUUACAGGCACGACAAGAAGAAAUUAUAAAAAUGCAAAGAGAAACUAUAGCGACAGGACAUGGUUCCGAAAAGGUAAGACCCUAA